CAUGGAGGGCCGGAGUAAGAUGCAGCUUAUUACAAAUUGUGCUGGGAGCUGCAAAUCAGAUAACUGGGAAGAGAAGGUGGAACCAUCUCUAGGCUCUAAGAGGAGCUAAGAGCUAGUCUGUGUAGCGUCCUGCCCUAGCUUUCCAAAUCUGCGAUUUAGUGAGGGGCUGGAACACAUAGAAAGAACUAUGAUCUAAAAUAACAACAGCUCCCCGGAUUGUUUGCUUGUAUUUAUGUCCUCUAUGCUUGGCACAGGGCCUGGAGUGUUUAGUAAGUGCUUAAUAAAUGCUUUAUUUACCAAUCUCCUCCUUGUAAGUUUUACAGUGUUUUUCUUGUAGCAGUUCACGGAAGCAGGUGGGACAAGUGAACAUUCCUUUCCUGCAAACGGGGAAAUUGGAGAGGUGAAAUGCCUUGCCCAAGGUCACCAGGCUCCUCAGUUUGGAAGCCACGAUCGGCCCCUUCAGGAGUCUCACUCCCAAUGUCCGGUCCACUAAAUUCACCUCGAGGGUCCAUAAGAUAGGUACAAAAUGAGGAAUGAGAGAGACACACAUAGAAAUCCUGGAGGAGGCAUUCAAGUAAGCCUUCCUGGAAGGGGUGGUCUUUGUCCCGAGUGUCGGGAAAAGGCUAAGAUUUCGGCCAGGAGAGAGGAGAUCGCUGGGGAAUAGGAGUCACAGCGAACAUGUGAGCCAAGGUACGACGUGGAAAGGCUUCCGUGGAACGAGCGGAAAACCGAGCCGUCCAUUUAGGUUGGACUAGAAUACUUUUAAAGGAAGAAAACAAUCGAGCUAAUGUAUCCAUCACUGCGCAAUAGUUUCUAAAAGUCUUUUUAGGGGCCCGAAGGAAACGCAGCGCGUGUCUACGUGUAUGGGCUUGCUGCUCAAACCUCGAUAGGCUGUUCUACUUUUCCAAGGCCAUUAGAACAAGGACGCAUGGUCCUAGCACAACCAAACGCGCUGUCCUAUAAGCCAGCCUGGAGUGGGGGCUGGGGGCUUGGAAGUCUGGAAGGAAAGUUAGGGCCACUUGGGAGGUGAGUGAAAAAGACUGAAAAAGGGAAAGUAACCAGAGAGCAAGAGUAGGUUGGGAUUCUUCCCUCCUCCUCCCCCCGCCCCGCACCCGCUUCACGGGUUUCACUCUAACCCUGCAUCCCCGCCCCCGCUCUCGCUCCCUUAUCCUGUUGGCGACUAACUGAAAGAGCAGAAACUGUGUAACCCGAGAAGACACGUUCUCCCCUCCUCCUCUUUUCCAUAUGCACACCCGGGAGAUUAAGGAGUUGGAACCUGCUGGCGGGAAGGCUACGGAGAGGAGAGGAGCGCUUCCUCUCACAGAGCGCCAGGGCAGUAGGGCUAAGUCUUACGCACUCACACACACACUUUCUUUCAUACACACAGGCGCAGUGGAGGAAGGAAUAAACUUCCUUCCACGUUCCGAAGAGGAGGCGCUGGAGUUCCAAAGAGACAGGAGUGGGUGUCCUGACAACUUCCGAAGCAACCGGUGCUGGAUAGUGGGGCUGCGGCUGGAGUGCAGUAGGGAUUCAGCGGACAAGGAGCGGGCCAGCUGUAGCAGCGGAGCGGAUCGGGCAGCCGGGGAAGAGGAGGAGUAAAAGGAGGAGGAGGAGUUGCUGCAGCUGGCGCGUUGGCAGCUGGAGGAGGAGCCCCACAGCUGUGUCUCAACUGAGAUGGACGGUCCGGAGCGAAGUCUUUAGUCUGGAAAAAAGGAGAAUCGGGGAGUUCAGCCUCGUCUGUUGGAGGAGGGUGUUAGACUCGGGCGCCAGGCGCUUUCCAGCGGACUUUUUAGUCUAGCCUAAGACUGAGUGGCCGGUUCACCAUGGAACCCGUGACCAAGUGGAGCCCCAAACAAGUGGUGGAUUGGACUAAAGGAUUGGAUGAUUGUCUCCAGCAGUAUGUCCAUAAAUUUGAACGGGAGAAAAUAAAUGGUGAACAACUCUUGCAGAUUUCUCACCAGGAUCUUGAGGAAUUGGGUGUCUCCCGAAUUGGACACCAGGAACUUGUAUUAGAAGCUGUGGAUCUUCUUUGUGCAUUGAAUUAUGGCCUUGAAACAGAUAAUAUGAAGAAUUUGGUUCUGAAACUACGGGCCUCUUCCAAUAACUUACAGAAUUAUAUCAGCAGUAGGCGGAAAAGUGCAUCUUACGAUGGAAAUUCUUCACGUAAACCUCCCAAUGAAUUCCUGACCUCUGUGGUGGAGCUCAUUGGUGCUGCUAAAGCUUUGUUAGCCUGGCUUGAUAGGACCCCAUUUACAGGGAUCACUGACUUCUCAGUGACCAAGAACAAAAUCAUUCAGCUUUGCUUGGAUCUGACCACCUCAGUUCAGAAGGAUUGUCCUGUGGUUGAAAUGGAGGAUAAAGUUGUAAAUGUUUCCAAGGUCCUAAAUAGCAUUUGUGAUAAGACCAUCAGAUCAGCUACAGAUCCAGUCAUGAGCCAGUGUGCCUGCUUGGAGGAAGUUCAUUUACCCAAUGUUAAACCUGGAGAAGGCUUGGGCAUGUACAUCAAAUCUACCUAUGAUGGACUGCAUGUGAUUACUGGAACAACAGAAAAUUCUCCUGCUGAUAGAUCUCAGAGGAUUCAUGCUGGUGAUGAGGUGAUUCAAGUUAAUAAGCAGACUGUGGUGGGAUGGCAAUUAAAAAAUCUGGUGCGGAAGUUGCGAGAGAAUCCUACAGGAGUCGUGCUUCUCCUCAAGAAACGCCCCACGGGUUCUUUCAACUUUACCCCUGCUCCAUUGAAAAAUCUACGAUGGAAGCCACCUCUUGUUCAGACCUCUCCUCCACCUACUACCACCCAGUCCCCAGAAAGUACCAUGGACACUUCACUGAAGAAAGAGAAAUCUGCCAUUUUGGACCUUUAUAUCCCUCCUCCACCAGCUGUCCCCUACUCUCCUCGGGAUGAGAAGGGAAGUUUUGUUUACGGAGGCCUCAGUAAAUGUAAGCAGCCGCUGCCAAGUUCGAAGGGUUCCGAGUCCCCCAAUUCCUUCUUAGACCAGGAAAGUCAAAGGCGAAGAUUUACUAUCGCCGACUCUGAUCAGUUGCCUGGCUAUUCUGUGGAAGCAAAUGUUCUGCCCCCCAAAAUGAGGGAAAAAACACAGUCUUAUGGGAAGCCCCGGCCCUUGUCAAUGCCUGCAGAUGGGAGCUGGAUGGGAAUUGUGGACCCCUAUGCCAGACCCCGAGGACCUGGAAGAAAAGGCGAAGAUGCCCUAUGCAGGUAUUUCAGUAAUGAGAGGAUACCCCCAAUCAUUGAAGAAAGCUCCUCCUCGCGGCACCGUUUUUCCCGACAGAUGACUGAUCGACAUCUAGUUCGGGGUGCAGACUACAUACGAGGCAGCAGGUGCUACCUUAAUUCAGAUCUUCACAACAGUGCCACCAUUCCCUUUCAGGAGGAAGGGAGCAAAAAGAACUCUGUUUCAUCGUCCAAAAAAUCUUCCACAGAACCAUCACUAUUGGUCAGCUGGAUCACUAGGCUUAAAUUGUUGACUCACUGAGAUUUGCCUUUCUCCUGGACUUUGUCACCAUCUUCUGUUACUAAGUGCCUUCAUUCCUCAGCUGACCUCUUUGUACUUUUCACCUACAGUAUUAUGUAGUGACUUUCUUGUUUUAUUUUAUUUUAUUUUAUUUUGUCUUAAUUUUAUUUUAUUUUGAGAGCAAGCUUUGGAGGUAUUGGACAGGAAUGAAUUUGGUAGGUGUAAUGGUGGUGGGCAGAAGAGGAGCAGGAGAUAAAGAUUCAGAAGUAUAACACCUUCAAAUAAGAAGAUUUUGGUAGCUGGAGUCAAUUCUGAACUGAAAAUCAGCAUGAUUUUAGGACUGUGUUGGUGUGUGACACCAUUUGUACUUUUUUUUUUCCUUGUGAUCAUAAUGGUGAGAGAACCUGUGGUCAUGGAAAUAUUAUUUGGGGUAUGGGGCUUGAAAGAGCCAGUGGGGAAAACACCAUGUUCUUUGUGGAAAAAACUGUGUCCUAAAGUUGAAUAAUAUAGCAGCUUAGACUUGGAAAAGUCAAGUCUGGGAAAAUGUUUUUUGUUUUCUUUGAAAGCAGAGAAUAAUGUUGGGGAAUUUGUCACACUUGAUCAUUCCCCUUUUGGUGGAAAUUUCAUUGUAGUUUUUCUGGAGCAUACUUAUGGUUUACUACACAUGCAAGAAAUACAUCAUUCUUCAGUGGUUAUUUGUGCAUUUGAUGAUGAUGGUAUUAGCAAGUAAUGUCUUUAAAGAGAGAGAAAAAAGCUAUAAGAUUGAUUUGCUGGCAACCAAAGCUAAAAAAACAACCACUCUGUAGACUUAUGAGUGACUAAGCAGUUGGCAUUUUGAACUGUUAAGUAUCUAUAUCCUAGAAAAAGAACCCUUUAUCAAAAUUUUGCUAUUCAGAGAUACCUUGGAAAUUCUAAUGGUCAAUAAUUUUCAAGUAGCAUCUGGUAUUUUUUGGGAAAAAGUCAUAAAAGUUUAGGAUAUAAAUUGUGUUUAAAUGAAUGUAUGAUAUUUUAUUAGAAGGAAAAAGUCUUAUUGUGUUAAUUUAAGUGUUUAAAUAUAGUUGUAUAUUUUUCUUACUCUUAACAAA